GGUCUGCAAGGGUCAGGGCACAAAUGUAGUGAAAGAUCAAGUGUAAGAAAACCUUUGGUGCAGAAGAGGAGGAACCAUGAUUCUUUGGAUGGGAAGAGACCUUGAAAGGACCUCUAGUUUAUCCUGCAACUCCAGUCAAUAUCCCACUUAAAUCAUCCCAGGUAAUAGAGGAAACCUAACCAAUGACUGUGGAAUAAUAUGGAAGAAGAUGGAAAAAACUUGUUUAAUGGGUUGAGAGAGUGGCGACUUCUAUAAGACAUGGAUAGAUGCAAACAUGUAGGGCGGUUACGGCUCGCCCAGGACCACUCCAUCCUGAACCCUCAGAAGUGGUGCUGCUUAGAGUGUGCCACCACCGAGUCCGUGUGGGCCUGCCUCAAGUGCUCGCACGUGGCCUGUGGCCGCUACAUUGAGGACCACGCCCUGAAACACUUUGAGGAGACUGGACACCCACUAGCCAUGGAAGUCUGGGAUCUCUAUGUGUUCUGUUACCUGUGCAAGGACUACGUGCUCAAUGAUAACCCAGAGGGGGACCUGAAGCUGCUGAGAAGCUCCCUCCUGGCGGUCCGGGGCCAGAAGCAGGACCUGCCGGUAAGACGCGGGCGGACGCUGCGGUCCACGGCUUCGGGCGAGGACGUGGUCCCGCCGCAGCGCACUCCUCAGGGACAGCCGCAGAUGCUCACGGCUCUGUGGUACCGGCGCCAGCGCCUGCUGGCCAAGACGCUACGGCUGUGGUUCGAGAAGAGCUCCCGGGGCCAGGCGAAACUGGAGCAGCGGCGGCAGGAGGAGGCGCUGGAGCGCAAGAAGGAGGAGGCACGGCGACGGCGGCGCGAGGUGAAGCGGCGGCUGCUGGAGGAGCUGGCCAGCGCCCCUCCGCGCAAGAGUGCACGGCUGCUCCUGCAUGCGCCCCGCGACGCGGGCCCGGCCGCCACGCGCUCCACUGCCUUUCCUACCUCACGCAGAGCGCCCGCCGCUGCACUCAAGCUGCGUCGCCAGCCUGCUGUGGCCCCGGGCGUCACGGGCCUGCGCAACCUGGGCAACACCUGCUACAUGAACUCCAUCCUCCAGGUGCUCAGCCACCUCCAGAAGUUCCGAGAAUGUUUCCUCAAUCUUGACCCUUCCAAAACGGAACAUCUGUUUCCCAAAGCCACCAACGGGAAGACUCAGCUUUCUGGCAAGCCAACCAGCAGCUCAGCCACGGAACUGUCCUUGAGGAGUGACAGGGCCGAGGUGUGCGAGCGGGAGGGCUUCUGCUGGAACAGCGGGGCCUCCAUCAGUCGGAGCCUGGAGCUCAUCCAGAACAAGGAGCCGAGCUCAAAGCACAUUUCCCUCUGCCGUGAACUGCACACCCUCUUCCGAGUCAUGUGGUCCGGGAAGUGGGCCUUAGUGUCGCCCUUCGCUAUGCUUCACUCAGUGUGGAGCCUGAUCCCUGCCUUCCGCGGCUAUGACCAACAGGACGCUCAGGAGUUUCUCUGUGAGCUGCUCCACAAAGUGCAGCAGGAGCUCGAGUCUGAGGGCACCACGCGCCGGAUCCUCAUCCCCUUCUCCCAGAGGAAGCUCACCAAACAGGUCUUAAAGGUGGUGAAUACCAUAUUUCAUGGGCAGCUGCUCAGUCAGGUCACAUGUAUAUCAUGCAAUUACAAAUCCAAUACCAUUGAGCCCUUUUGGGACCUGUCCCUGGAAUUCCCUGAACGCUAUCACUGCAUAGAAAAGGGGUUUGUCCCUUUAAAUCAGACAGAGUGCUUGCUCACUGAGAUGCUGGCCAAGUUCACAGAGACAGAGGCCCUGGAAGGGAGAAUCUACGCUUGUGACCAGUGUAACAGCAAACGACGAAAAUCCAAUCCCAAACCCCUUGUUCUGAGUGAAGCUAGAAAGCAGUUAAUGAUCUACAGACUACCUCAGGUCCUCCGGCUGCACCUUAAAAGAUUCAGGUGGUCUGGCCGUAAUCAUCGAGAGAAGAUUGGGGUCCAUGUCGUCUUUGACCAGGUAUUAACCAUGGAACCUUACUGCUGCAGGGACAUGCUCUCCUCUCUUGACAAAGAGACCUUUGCCUAUGAUCUCUCCGCAGUGGUCAUGCAUCACGGGAAAGGGUUUGGCUCAGGACACUACACAGCCUAUUGCUACAACACAGAGGGAGGUUUUUGGGUCCACUGCAAUGACUCAAAGCUGAAUGUAUGCAGUGUCGAGGAAGUAUGCAAAACCCAGGCCUACAUCCUUUUUUACACUCAAAGAACAGUGCAGGGCAAUGCAAGAAUCUCAGAAACCCAUCUCCAAUCUCAGGUGCAGUCCAGCAACAACGAUGAAGGCAGACCACAGACAUUUUCCUGAAAUGGGAGGCAUGUAUCAAAGACUGGCUUGCUUUUAAACUAUUGGUGUCCAUACAUCUUUCCUCUUAUAGGAAAUAAGGCUACUGCAGGAACAGAUGACUAGGUUUGCCUCACUGAGUCUAGAGUAGAAGGUGCCAGGUGAUUCAUGUCCUAUCAUAAAUUUUGUAGUCUCUUUCUUUUCAAUGAAUUUGGGAAUUCCCUCUUUCAUAAAAAUAAAUCAAAAGAAGUAACUUCUAUGAAGAUCAUUUCAUCAGUUGCUUCUGAAUAUAGAGGGAUCUGGGUGGAGAAGCGGGGAGUAAAUCAAUCAUAUCCACACAGGAGAGCAGCCAUGUUUUCUCUCCAUUAUGUGAUUCCCCUGCUAAUCAGGACCUCCUUGCAGCACCAGAAGAACCCUCUGGAUGUGAGCAGCCCUGGACAGAGCACGUGAGGAGGGGCCCUGGGCUAGCAGCUUGCUGGAUGAGAUUGGCUCCAAGAUGGGAGAUGAAGUCUAAAGGGUUUAUUCCCACAAAGGAAGUAACCCUCAAGGGUUUAAAACAAACUUCCUUUUCAGGGGAUAGCAGCUGAAGAGUGGAGUGAGAUGCAUGGAACAAAUUUCCCCAUACAAAAUGGGAUGGUUUUCAUACGUCAUACCCUCCCUGCCUGCCGCUGUCAUUUAAUCAUUCUAUACUUUUGAGACUGGCGUGAAUAAAUCCCUUCAUUCUAAAGAAGGGGCAGUUUAUAUAAAGAAGCAAUAGACUAGCACAUGUUGCAUGCUGAGCCAAAGGGCACCCCUGGCUAUCCCAGUUCUGUAGCAGAUCCCUGGUUCAGGUCUAAGGCAAGCACAUGGUUUGGCUUAAAUUGGUUCUUAGGUUUUCUCACAACUCAGUUGUGGGUGGGCAGAGAUAGCUAGUGCUCCAGGGCUUAUUGGAUGCCUGUCACCUGUUCAUUUCAGUGCAGCUUGUGGCUUCUUAGCCUGCAACGUCUUUCAUGUUCCUGGAGAGCUAGAACAUUCAUGUCCACAGGGUUUGGGAGCUUUUGGUUUUCUAGGGUAUGGUAACUGCUUAGGAAUCCACCCCCUACAUAUCUGAAGAGUUUAUUGCUGAUGGCCUUGGCCUGUUUCCUUCCAAAUCUUGAUAGUCCCUACUGUUGCUUUACCCUCUAUACUCAGUCCAUAGAGAAAAAAGCAAGAGUGCCCUGUGCUUUCCCCCAGUGAUAGUAAAAUACACCUUCCUUUUUAAAUUGGCUCAGUUUCUAAACAGAAUGAAACUGCCCAGAUAAAAACCCUUGUCCCCAUCAGGCACCACUUCAUUCUUAGUUCUUCACUUAGAUUUGCCAAACUUUUGUUGCUGUGGUUGCUGCAGUGAGCCUCACUCAACCUGUCACUAUGAAUGCUCAUCUCUUGACUGAGUAUAUCAUAUUUCUGUUUGAAUUCAGGUAGAACUACACUUGUCACUUGAAGGGAGUAGAUGUGGAAGGGAGUUUGGGGAAGGGUGGGAAGUGGGGAAAGCAAGGCUAAAGAAUGAGGGUUAUAGCUUUAGCAAUGUUGAUGAGCCACAUUUCCCACACAGAUCUGUAGCAUUUGCUGUUGACCUCUUUUGAAAUGAACUCUCCCAUAGGCCCUGCCAGGCAGCACUGAGACAUGGAGGAAAUUCAGACAAAAAAAAGGCUCACCCUGAUAGGGAAGGAGUGGUUAUAUUUUAAAUUACACUUGCUUUUUCCAACACUGUGAGGUUUCUGUAAUAUUUAGCUUUUAUUUGGAAGCGAUAGCGUAUGGCAUUUUUUUAUGCUAUUUGGUUUAUAUUGUCUACUGCAGGCUUCUUUGUAUAAGCUUUGCCUGGGCUCACCCUCUCCUGGACACUGUUUUAAAGUGUCAGCACUGUCCAUGCUGCCUGAGGCUCUGAUGUGAAGCUGUACUCUCAAGAUCCACAGUUUUAAGUCAGUAUGAUUAGUAAUGAUUUUUUGUUGCAAUAGAAAAGCCCAUUAACUCAAAAACACCAAGGAGAGUAAAAAGGAAAGGAAACUAUGAAUUGUGCCUCAUCUUUCAUUGAAUCCUAUAUUUAUUAUUCUAGAAAAAGAGAACUUACAAGAUAGAGAAGAACUAUAGAGCAUCUACUUUACCCCUCAGGCUGUCCAGUGGGGAUAAUUAUUAAUAAACAUUUAAUGGAAAAUUCAAAGAUCUUCCAAUUUAAUUUUUAAAGUUUUAUACCAAAUAUUAUAAGGAUUUAUUAAGCAGAUUAAGGACUUUGUGAAAUAAGUGCUUAACUUAGUUGAGCACAUAUAUAUCAAAGUAAUAAAAGAAACUAACAUCAGAGUCUCCACUGAGCUACACAUUUGUGAAAGGUGCCCACUGCAGUUACAGACACCUCAGGUACCCAGAGGCAGCAGCACUAGACCCUUAAAGAAGUUAGUAUUAAGGAGAUUUCUAUUAAAGAAGAAUUCCCUGCUGCAUAAGCCAAUGGCUAUUGUGAGGGAAAUGUCCCUUUGCCUUUAAUUUAUUUACAUAUUGGGUAUAGAUGAAUGUCUCAGUUGCAUCUUAAAUCAAAUUGAAUCAUUCUAAAGAGAAGAAAAGAAGAACCAGGUAAAAGCUGACUAGAUGCUGCUGCCAAAUCAAACCCAAGGUCUCCUAACCGAACCUUAAUGGGCCCACUUCUCUCCCAGGGCAAGUAGUUGAGUCUUGUUCCAGGAACCCUUUGUAGUUAGUUGGCUGGCAUGUUUACUUGCUGCUGUAGCCAGCCAAGAUGAGUGCACCUAGGCCCUCAAAAAGGAUUUUUUUUUUACCUCAAUCUAGCCUGACCCUCAUAUUUGUGGUUGCCUCUGAGACGAACAUCCAUGCUAGUGUAAAAAUAAUUAGGAAUGGCCUUGGUAGCCAGGAACUGAAGCUCUUAUUACAUGGUGGACAGAGCUCUUGCCAGCUUUGAUCCAGCCCCUCAGUCUUGGAGUUACGGGGCAGGAUUGGGGGGCAGUGCUACACUGUAAAGAAUUUCCAGAUGUUUCUUAAAAUGUCAUGAAUAAAAUUGGAAACUGUAGAAUUGUUAAUGUGUCCUAUGGACUCAAUAGCAGAGUUUAUUUUUGUUUUUAAUGGCAAAGCUUCUAGAGUCAAUGAUUGUAUGAGUUUGCUACUCUGGCUAUGCUUACAGCUCCAUCCAAGUACAAGGGAAGAACCAAUGAGGUGGACUCGCUGGCAGUGGGGCAUGCCCCAGCAUAAGUCCUAGAGAUGUUGACAGUAGUGCAGAAUGAACACUUGGUUGGGGAUGGUGGGUGGGGGGUGGGAGUUGGGUGGGUGGGCUGGGAGGGAUAAAUGGAGUUUGUUUUACUUACUGAUAAAGCUUUGUGAACUAAUUUUAUACAAUUCAUAAAAUUUGGUGCCUUGUACUCGAUUAUGGUUUGCAUGGAAUUGAAGAUUAAGGGAAAGGAUUUCUUCUUACCAUUUCAAGUGGCAAAUGGGUCUGUGUAGUGUUUAAAGGACAUCUGCUAUCACAGACUUUAAAAAGCAUUUCAUAUCUCUUGUGUGUGAAUGCCAAUUAUUCUUACCAGCAAGUUCUGCAAUUUUGUUGUAAUGUCCAUAUUCUUUGUAUUUUCAAAGCAGACUGUGUACCCCAUUGUUUUUCACUACCUUCAUCAUAUUCCAUAUGUUAACUUGGGCCUUUUCAAAUCAGGCUGGGGGCCUACUCAGAUAGGGAUAUAGUAUACUUUUUUUUAAAAAAAGAGAAAAAAAUAAAUGAAAUCUUACUCAAACCAUCAUUAUGGCUUUAAAACCCAACCAGCAACUUGAAGCCAAAACAGUAAAUUUUGAAUGAAAUUUUAAUUAUGCUUUUGGAAGCUGCCGUAAUUCUUGCUGGAUUUUGAUUUUCAAUUUUGGAAAUUUUUAUCACAUAAAACUGUUCAGUCAUUAGAUUAGGUAGCAGACUUUAAGGAUCUACGUUUCAUUCCUAUAAAAAACAGGACGUACUGGUAUUUCUUGUCUUAGCAAGUAGUCUGAUGCAGGUCUAAAUAGGUUUAGCAUCUAUACUACGGCUUAAAAGAUUCCUCCUUUGUCACUAUUUGGGAGGUGAUGGCUUCAAAGCUAAGCUUUGCUUUCAUGUGACCCUUCUUCAUCUUAAUAACCAGUAAGAUAUAAAUCUCUCAGAGUCUACCCAGUGUAGACUCAAAUGGUCUUGGCUUCAUCUAUCAGGUAAGAUCUAGCUGAUUUAUACAAGAGAAUGGUGCUUUUGAAAAUAUACAUACUUUAAAAUCUAAUUCUCAAGGAAUUUUCUUAGUAUUUAUGCUGGCAAAGUCAAGAAAGACUAUUUUGUCCUGCUUAUAUUUAGUAGUGAACAAACUGCUAGAGACAUCUGUCAGUCUUGACAGGCCACUGUGGUCCAUAUAUACUGCCUCCUUUCCAAUUAAUGUCCUAGUUCCAUAGGAGACUUGGCACAUGAAAGCACUGUUUUUCUUUAAUGCCUAGUAAACUGACCGGCAAAAAAUAUUGCCUUGGGGGACCUGUUUCUAUCCACCUCUUUCUGUGGCUACACAAGUUCACAUGCCAGUUCCAUACAUAUUCCAUUUCCAAAGAGCCCCCAAACCCUGGACAGUAGCACUAUCAUGAAUUUUAGGGUAACAAAACAUGUUUCCUUCUGAAGGAAGCAGCUUCCUCAGCAGCGCCACUUUAGUGCCCACUGCCCAGGCUUACUUCACUGUGCUCCCACCCCCACACAUCACUGCCCUCUUUCUGCCACCAAACCUCGCUUUUCCAGCAACAAUGCCUCCCUGGUGCCUGGAAAACCCACCUGGUGCACUAAAAUGCUAUGCAACACCAAAUGGCUUCUUCCCCUAAUAUUGCUCAACAAUAUAAAUUCUUCAAGAAUAAAUUUCAUGCUAUGUUAACAUCAAUGUAUGGUUACAGUUUCCUUUUUUUUUUUUUUUUUUUACCUUUUAAAAUGAAGCAAACCACCUCCAUUAAAAUCCAUGUUUGGGACUUGUUUUUGUCUCUCAAGUGUGAAAUAUAAAUCAUGUUUCUAUGAUUUUUGUAAAUCUUGACUUUUUACACCUUGUUUUUGUAAGCAGAAGUUUCUUAUUAAAAGAAUAAAAUGAC